AUGGACAGAACCUCUGCUUGCGACUCAAACGAUUUCACACUGGCUUUCGACACUAUGAGUUCAGGAAGCAUUGCUGCCACCUCCAGUGGUUAUAAUGGUGUAAACACGGAUGAAACUGACCCAGACCUCACCUUUCUGUCUAAUUUAUUUCCCGUUGGCUACUCCAAUGUCAAUUUCCUGACCCGUGAGACUAAUCCCUUGCAGCAACUGUUUUGGAAGUCUGACGCGAACCUGAUUAGAUUUCCCAGAUUGUCUGGCCAGAGCACCCAGGUCCAGGGCAAUUCGGACUUUGACAAUACCAUCAAAGGUAUAAAGACUUCGGGUGGGCCCUACGUUGGCCAGUAUCCUGUGCAGUUGACCAGACCCGAGCUGUUUGUCCCGAUGAACAAUUACACCUACGGACAUUCAGCAGCUGACCUGUCUGUGUUAUCUCGGAAACGGCAGUACCUGACCAAUUUCACUGCGCCAAACUACAAUCCUCUUGUGAAAGACUUCAAAGAUACUACGCGUGUAGUUCAGGCCAACCAUUCGGACUAUAACAAUGAGCACUUGCUUGACAAAUCACCCUUGGACCCUUCAUCCGGCGGCAACGAUCAAGUUGAAAUGUUACGUAUGGAGCUUAACUUUAAGAGUCUGAUUAAUAAAACAUUGAGCGAGAAGCUCAACGCUCUCACUACCAACGAUGGUGCCACUCCCACGUCGUCGACAAGCCCUGGUGACAGUCGCAUCACCAUGCCCAAUAAUUACUAUCAGUUGUUUAAAGACCUCACUCGUACAUUAAACGAGAGGACACAGGAGUUGGAGGAUACUAAAAGCAGAAUGGAAGCCAUUUUGGUAGGAUUAGUUAUGAACAAAGAUAGCUCGGUGUCAACACAUGGAACGUUCGACCCGCAAGAAUUGGCGCACCGUAUCACUACCAAGCUCUCCAUUUUGCAGAAAGAGAACGAGACGCUUUUAAAGAUGGUGAGUCACGGCAACAAGCAAAGUCUUCUUGUGGAGUUAGGGUUGUUGAAGAACGAGAAUAAGCUGUUGCGCAAAAAGCUUGGAGCCCAAGAGAAAGCCGCAUAG